AUGCCAGUAAAUACAAUAUACUCUAUAUUGUUGAAAAAAGAAAAUGCCCACGAUGACCCGAUUUAUUGCUGUACAUGGGCUAAAAUAAACUUUUCGGGAGAUUCCGCGGUUACUUCAAAGGAUUUCAUAGUGACUGGAGGGCUGGAUUGCUUAGUGAAAGUGUGGACGCUACAAAAUGACAAGUUGCAACUAGUUUACACACUAAAAGGCCAUAGGAUGGCAGUGGUGGCAGUAGCUGUUAGUCCGACUGCACCAAUAAUAGCAAGUUCAUCACUGGACUCGAGCCUAAUAUUUUGGGACUUAGGUUCAGGGAAGAUGUUGACUGAGAUACCGACAGGAGCUAGCGAUGUCUGGAAGAUGGCAUUUUCAGGAGAUGGAGAACAUCUAUGCACAGGUGGACAUACUGGCAAGGUUCAUAUAUAUGGAGUGAAGAGUGGAACCUUAGAUAAAGUACUGGAUACUAGAGGAAAAUUCAUAUUGAGUGUUGCCUGUAGUGGAAAUUCCAAAUACAUAGCAACGGGCGCGGAAGACGGUGUUCUAUGCAUAUUGGACGCGGCACAAGCCAAGGUGGUACAUACGGUUCAGGCGCACUCGAAGCCUAUACGGAACCUAGCCUUCUCUCCGUGCAACAAGCGCCUCGCCACGGUCUCCAACGACGGCUUCGUCAGGCUGUAUGAUGUAGCUAGUGCUGGUCUCCAAUACUCAUUGAAUCUCAAGUGCUGGGCCGUCGGCAUAUGUUUCUCGGGCGACGGCACGCGCAUUGCGACGGCGGCCGCCGACGGCACCGUCCGGGUCGUACUCACAGAGGGACUGAUAGUACUCAACACGUUCCAAGAACAUACGGAUAUGGUUUGGGGUGUAAACUUCAACAGCAACAACAAGAGGCUGGUAUCUGUGUCCAAAGACACUUGCAUCAACAUCUACGAAUGCCCGCCAUUGCCGCCAAAGACUGAGAAAAAAGAGGCUACACUCGUAAAAUAA